UUCCUUUGUAUCAAUGCGCGGAACGAAAUAGUGGACAAUGCAUUCACGCUCCGCCACAUCAAUAAUGACAGUGGCUCAUGACCACUAGUUGCUUCCGCAAAUGUACGGUUAAUGAGAUCCACAAUCACACAUCGGUCCACAACGAGCGUCUGUCCACAAUUCAAAGUGUCUGUCUACAAUGCCACUUGCACCUCCAGGAAUCCGUAUAAAUAUCAAUACAAAUGCCUACCCAGCAUCAUCACCCUCAAGGAUAUUCCGCAUUCACCUCAGACAAAAUCAACUUAUACCCCUCGCUUAUAUUCCUCCACAAUCAGUCAUUUCAAAAUGGCUGUCAUAAAGACCUAUGUUUGCUCUGCUCAAACUGACUGUAACAAAACCUUUACUAAAUAUAAUGACCUCAAGAAACAUGAGGCCGCACAUUCACCCAAUGCCCACAUAUGUCGUGUUCCCGGCUGUGACUUUGCGACUUUGUCCAAACCCAGCUUCGAAAUCCAUUCCGACAGGCACACCGGUGAACAGCGUUACAGAUGUCCGCACGGUUGUGGCUAUAAGACCCACAACCCUGCCGCACUGACUCGCCACCGCAAGAUAGAGCAUGGGCACCUCCCUCUUUCUCGCGCCGCACGCGGCGGCGGUCAUACUGUUGCCGCAUCCGCAUCACACAUGACCGCAUCGACUGCAUCCCAGCCGCAGCCGCAGCCGCAGCCGCAGCUUCAGCCCCAGCCUCAGCCUCAGCCUCAGCCCCAGCCCCAGCUCCUGCCGCAGCUUCAGUUUCAGUUCCAGGCUCAGCCCCAGCCACAGCCACAGCCCCCUCAGCAAAACAACUUCAAUAACAUGUUGGGGGCCUUUUACGGCGGGCCCGCGAGGCCGGCCCCCAAUCCGUGGCAGCCCCCCGCCCCAGCUUAUUCCUACCAAUAUCACCCAUCGGUAGGAUACUUCUAUGGCCCGACAUAUCCCCAGAACGGCUAUGGCGGGCUCGCGAACGCUGGCAAUGGGUUGAAUGCGGGCUACAUGUACCCCGGAUACAUGCAGGGGCCCCCUAACUAGAUGCUGGGGCGUGAUUAGUUUGCGUGAACUCAAUAAUCUCAAUCACGCAAAUGUUGUCAAGGACUUGGUUUCCCGCAGGAACGUUCGAAACUGGGUAAAGUCAUGAACAGGACAAUGAAGAAGAUAAUACACAGCCUUAUGUUGGUUGUGGAAAAGUGGCGAAGAAUAUUGUAAUAUGUAUUACAUCUGCGAGUCAGAUUUAUAUUGAUUUAUGUAAAUGGUGUCGUGUAAAAUUAUGUUAUCAUUUUGUAAAGUCAUAAUAAAAACCACGUUGACUUCCACGUUUUUACUAA